AUGUCCCAGCCCGUGCUGCCCCUCAUUCAGAGUCAGUAUAUAUCGCUUCCCAGGAUUCACAUCCACAGCGCCUCCCCCGUCUCACGCGACACCAUCUGGACCACACCAAGAAGAGGCAACAGCUUGCCGGAGAAGAAGAGAGAAACGACGAUAACGACGACACGCUCCGAGGCGCCCGCAGCCGAUCCCGGCGAACCAGCAGCUCGCCCGACUCCGCCGCCGACCCAGGCUGGCAAGAGGUCCGCCAUAUCCGCAAGUCUCGGGACCGAGCAGCAGCAGCAACAAGACGCGAGUCGUCGCAGCAUCAUGGCCGCAGGAGUCAGGGCGUCUCGCCACAGCGUGGAAACUUUAGCCAAGAAGGCAUCACCGCCCGCCAGGAAGCCAUGCAAGACCAGCGCAAAGGAUAUCAACUGGGCCGACGUGACGGACCCGGAGGAGAGGAGGCGGAUCCAAAACCGGAUCGCUCAACGCAAGUUUCGGGAGAAGGCAAGAGAGAACCGGGAAAAGGCGGAGCGCGAGUCGCGGAACCGGGAGCACGCCGGCAACAGCUACCGCAUCCCCCUCGGAGCCGUAGACUUGGGCGGCAGCGGCUACGGCCACGGCUACGGCCAGGAGGAGGAGCUCUCGGGCCUGCCUUGGGGCGGCAUGAACUUAAGCCUCGUCGUCUCGCGGGGCCACGAGGCCGAGAGCCGGCGGAGCAGCGGCCGCGGCACAUACAUUGGCGACGAGCCGCUCACCAUCGCCGCCAGCCCGCCAUUCGCGGUCGUUUCGGCUCCGGCACCAGGGGGGAGCACGGCCCCGAGCUACGGCAGCAGUGGAGGAGGGGACGACAUCUUCUUCGACGACGCCAGCUACGCUUACGAUGCGGCGGCGUUUCCGCCCUUGGCGUGA